AUGGCAAAAAUGUCCGCUCUCACUGGUAUUAUGGUGGCACUGAUCACCCCAUUCACCGAUGACCAGUCCGCAAUCGACGAGUCUCGUCUCCAAGCACACAUCGAGCGCCUUAUUCAAGCCGGCGUCCACGGCCUUGUCCCCGGUGGCAGCACCGGCGAAUUCACAGUCAUGACCACCGCCGAGCGCAAGCAACUGACAGAGCUAUGCGUCAAAUUCGCCGCUGGUCGUGUUCCCGUUGUUGUCGGUACAGGCAGUCUUCAUACUGCGGAGGCUGUCGAGCUCUCAGUGCACGCCGCGCAAGCUGGUGCUACCGCCGUCAUGGUCGUCCCACCAUACUAUGACCCUGUCAACCUGGAGCAGCUGCAAGAGAUGCUGGCUGAAAUCCACCAAGCCUCCAAACUGCCUAUUAUGUUCUAUAAUAUCCCUGCCGCAUCGGGUCUGACCCUUUCUCCCACCGAGAUCGCCGGUCUGUCCAAGUUCGGAGUCAAGUAUCUCAAGGAUACCUCUGGUAAUGCGCCCGCGCUCACAGAGCUUAUCUUCGCGCUGUCUGACCAGAUCAUUGCAUUCAACGGGUGGGAUACCCUCACCUUCUAUGGUCUAACAGCUGGUUGCCCCGGUGGUGUUUGGGGUGCUGCGAAUAUUAUCCCGGAGCUGGCGGUGGAAUUGUGGGACGCAGUUGCUGUGAAGGGAGAUUUGAAGCGUGGUCGUGAGCUGUGGGCUAAGGCGUACCCUAUUUGCAAGUUCCUUGAGACCCAUAACUAUUGCGCUGGAGUGAAGACGGGUGUGGAACUUACUGGACAGUCUACUGGUGGUCUGCGGAAGCCCUUUGCUCUGCUGAAGCCGGAGUUGCGGGCGGAGUUGAAGCAGUUGCUGCAGAAUGCAGGUGUGAAGGUUGUUUAG